UGUCACACGCCCAUGUAGUCUGCAGUCUUGUUUCCUUUACAGAAGUUCUCUACACAGCAGAUAUAUGACUCAACUCAGCAACCCAGCCUCUACAUGUGCAGCUCAAUGGAAAAUGUGGCUUAUCGGCGUCUUCAGUGUCAUAUAUUUCGCUGCUGUUUGUGCAGCUCAGAGUACUGGAUAUGCCACCAGCACUGUCCCUCCAACCAGCCUUCUGUCAACAGCAAGUCCAACAAUCUAUGAGCCUCCCAUACCAUCUCUGCAGCUACAGUCAACCUGGUUGGAUGUGUUCCCUUCUGAGAAAGUGGAGUUCAAGUGUAGCAUCAAUGGCAACUCUGACUGGACCUUCAUCUGGUACAAAAAUGAAGAGAAACUACAAGAUUCAGAUCCAAAUGUGUCUUUUUCUCCGGACGGAUCUGUGCUUACAAUUACUGCAGCUCAAACAUAUUCUGGAAAUUAUUCCUGUAAUGGUCAACACAAAUCAAAGGACAUUCGCGCUGCAAAUAGUUCAUCACUCACACUCACAGUUAAUGCAAACAAGCCCAAGCCCACUUUAAGCCAAAGUCUGAACUAUGGCAGGAUGUUCAUCGGAGAGUCUGUAAACUUCACAUGCAAGGUCGACAAGUCUUCGGGAUGGGAGUAUCUAUUUUACCAUAAUGGAAAUGAAAUUCAAGUACCUGAUGUUCAUUAUGCCAUAGAUUCUAUAGAUCAUCCUAACAAUGGAGAGUACCACUGCAAAGCCAAGAGAGGCAAAGGCCCAUUUUACACAGAGGAGAGUGAAAAAACAACUCUGCUGGUCUCUGACCCACCCAAACCGUCUCUAAAGCUGCAGACUGCCUGGCCAGAUGUGUUCAAAGGUGAAAAAGUGGGGUUCAGCUGUGGAACCAGCAGCCCGGACUGGAAUAUUAUCUGGUACAGAAAUCAAAAGCAGCUCCAGGAGGACUCAGUGCUUACCAUGGAGGAAGAGGUGCUCAACAUCACCUUGGCCGAUCCAACCCAUCAAGGAGGCUAUGCCUGCAAAGCUCAUCUUGAAACCAGGGGGGUCACCUCUGGAUUUAGCAACACAGUUGAUGUCACAGUUUAUGAAAAAAUACCAAAACCAACACUUAGCAAGAAACCUGAUUUGAAUACGACGUAUGUUGGAGAAACGGUGAACUUCACUUGCAAAGUUGAUGUGUCCUCGGGCUGGGAGUAUCAUUUGUACAAAGACAAGAAUCUCCUUGCCCCCAGCAGCCCCCGUCAUGAAAUCCGUUUUGGUGCUGCUGAAGAGGGGCAGUAUUGGUGCAGGGCCACAAGAGGUGUAAUAUCAACAGACGACAGUGAGAAAAUAACACAAGUUGUCCUUGAAAUUCCUGUUCCAUCUUUGGAGCUGAUAACACCUUGGUCGGAUGUGUUCCCUGCUGAGAGUGCGAAGUUGCGCUGUGGGAUAAACGGCAGCUCUGACUCGUGGACAUAUACGUGGUACAAAAAUGGACAGGAGAUCCAGCCUGAUAAUGUUGUGUCUUUUGACUCGAAUAGAGCUACUCUUUCCAUCAGCUCUGCUUCAGCUAACCAUGCGGGAAAAUAUGAAUGCAAGGGGCACCUGAAGGACAGGUCCGUCAUUAGCCACCCUAGUCCUCCACUUGAUCUCACAGUAUAUGAUCAAAAACCCAGUGUCAUCCUGACACAGGAUCCAGACUACAAUGUGAUGUUUGAUGGGGAGUCAGUCUCCUUUAGCUGUCACAUAAACGUCUCUUCUGGAUGGGAGUACCAGUGGUACAAAGGUGACCGUAAACUCAUCAUAUCUGGAAACAGUCACACCAUCAAAACUGUUGCAGGAUCAGACACUGGAUCAUAUAGUUGCCAAGCUAAAAGAGGAAGUAAUACAGUCUUCAACUCAGACCAGAGUCAGGUUGUAACACUCGACAUAAAAGAGGACAAGCCUAAACCCUUGCUGACUCAACAUCCAGACGCUGACAACAUGUACACCGGAGAGUCAGUGUCCUUCGAAUGUAAAGUUGAACUCUCGUCUGGUUGGGAUUACCUCUGGUACAAAAAUGGAAAAGCACUCUCUAUCAACAGCAGUCAUUUUAGCAUUAAUCCUGCCAAUUUGUCUAACACCGGAACUUAUGUGUGCAUGGCCACAAGAGACAAAACAAUGUACAACACGACGCCUAGUGAUAGUCGGAAAUUAAACAUAAUUGACAUUCCUGUUCCUUCUUUGAAGCUGAUGACACCGUGGUUGGAUGUGUUUCCCAGUGAGAGUGUGAAGUUUCGCUGUGGAAUGGAUAGCAGCUCUGACUCGUGGACAUAUUCAUGGUACAAAGAUGGAAAGGAGCUCCAGGCUGAUGUUGUGUCUUUUGACAAGGAUAGAACUACUCUUUCCAUCAGUUCUGCGUUGGCCAAACAGCAUGGGCAUUACAGCUGCUCCGGAAAACUGAAGAGCAGGUCUGUCAGCAGCAAACAUAGUUCGGGUCUAACACUUGAUGUUUACGAUACGAAACCCACAGUAAUACUGACGCAGAAUCCUGAGCACGAUGUGAUGCACACUGAAGAUUCAGUCUCCUUUAGCUGUCACAUUAAUAUCUCCUCUGGAUGGGAGUACCUAUGGUACAAAGGUGAAAAUCAACUCACCGUAUCUGGAAACAAUCACACCAUCAAAUCUGUUGUGACAUCAGACUCUGGGUCAUAUAGAUGCCAAGCUAAAAGAGGAAAGGAUACAGUCUUCAAGUCAGACCAGAGUCAGGGUGUAAAACUCAUAAUUGAAGAGCGCCCACAGGCUCAUGUAAUCCUGUUAACUGGCUGGUCCGAGGUCUUCUCCACUGACAGUUUGGUGCUCAAAUGUGUGGUGCAGGAUAGCCAGGACAUUUGGAACUACACUUGGUCCAAAGAGAAUGAACGUAUUGAUGUGCCAACCUCUGAGAUACAUAGAGUCACACCCACAAAUGAUCCUGCACAGAGCCAAUACACCUGCCAGGGCAGUCGCACCGGUAGACCAUCUUAUUCGAAACCCAGUGAUUCUUUUAAGACCAAGAACCUUCUUUUGAAGAGGAGGGUGCUUCUUUCCAUCUCUGGCUGUAUCUUCUGUGGCAUCAUCGUGGUCUUCCUUGGAUGCAUUGUCCUGAGGGUCAUCCGCAAACGAGGUGAUGAUGAUGAUAAGCCAGAAGAGGCAAACCUUUUUCUCAGCAUGGCCCAGCUAAAGGACCGUAAUGAUGCACCCUGUCCGCUGGUUGACUACAUCACCGAUGAAGCAAUUAAUGAUUUAGCUAAAGAAGAAGGGGGUGAGAAUGGCACUGUUUGCAGUGAAACAACACCAUUACCAAUAACCUCGCAGGAGGACCAAGCUGCGGCAACUGAGGGCCAUGAUACAACAGAAAGCGACGGUGGGCUGGUUUCCUUUAAACAAUGAGUCACUGAAGCUCUCUUUGCACCAGUUUAGAUAAGUUGAGAUACUAAGAGACUCCGAUAAUCAUUAACAAGUCUAUAGAGUUGCUACAGCCCGGUGAGGCUCAUUAUGUACCAGAAAACAAAAGUUUGGCUGUAUGAAAACUGGAGAGACAAUUUCGCUAUUGUGCAAUGCUUACCAUUAGGGCGAAAGAGGAAAGACCAAGAUGUGUACACUGGUCAGCAGAAGACAUCUAAGACUCAUCUCUACAUGGUCAGCCUCAGCUGUGCUUUGACCUGAACGCUAAGGUUCUAAGGUUCACUAUGUUAGCCAUACCACCCAUCCAUCCAUUAGCUAUAUACGCUUAUCCUUGAGGGUUUAUAUGAUAAUCAUCAAUCAUAUACUGUACAUUUUUAGCUCUCAAUUAUUGUAUCCACUGUACAUAUGUGAUGAUCUGUAGGAUCAUUUUUCAAUUCCUACAGCAAACACCAGAUGUCAGUAGAUAGUAGUUAGCUUAUUUAAUGUUGUUAAUGGUUCAGCGUUGAAUCUUAUAGGCAAUCAGUUGGAUAUUGUAUGAUAUAUUUAUAUACAAUAAGUGAUGCUGUAUAAAUGCCAUUCAAGCAUUUUGUGUCUCCCUAUGAACUUAGCAAAAUAAAAAAUACAAAAUGUU